AUGUCCUCCGAGGAAGAGGGGAGCACGGGCCCCGAGGUCAACGAGGCUGCUUUGGGCCUGCAAAAGGAAAUUGCAGACCUGAAGUGCGAAAGAGCGGCCCUGGCACAGCAGUUGGAGUGCCAGCAGCUGCUCAUCAAGCAACUUCAGCAGAAGCUAGCGUUGCUAGAGGAGACGGUCCGCUCUGGGCCGGCACCAGCUCAGCAGCAACGAAUUCACCAACAGCAACAACAACAACAACAGCAAGAACAACAAGAACAGCAAGAGCAACAGCAACCGCAUCAACAACAACAACAGGACCAGCAGGAAGCCCUCGCAAUGGACAUCGUGGGAUCCCCUGCAUCCUUCCCUGAGGUCAUCAUCGAUGAGGACCCCUUCAACUUCGUCCGGAGCCGGAAAAGCAUUAAAAAAAGUAAGGUUAGUGCGAAAAUUGUAACCGCCACAGCCACCACAGCCAUCCGCAAAUCCUUCCCCGUCCUUAAAAACCAAAAAGGGUAA